CCCGAUGCCGUUUUGCACAGAAGCGGCGGCGGUGGCGACGCUGGAAAGCGCCUUGCCAGCCGGCGACAUGGCCAAGCUGCCUUCGCCCAGCCCGCCGGAGCCCCAGCAGCAACAGCGGCUCUUCCUCCUGCCCAGGCAGCAGUCGUUGGCCUCCCCCUUGGUGCUCAAUCCCUUCGUGCAGGAGACGCGUCUGGACGCCAAGGAAAAAACCUGGGCGUUCUUCUUGGGCCUUAUUCUCCUUCCUCUACGCAUUGUGUUCAUCCUGCUCCUGGUGGUCCUGGCAUGGCCUUUUGUACUUCUGGCGACAUCCCGUGCCACGGAAAAAGGCUCGGUGCCACUUCGAGGAUGGAAAAGGUAAUAUGGGAAAUAU